AUGGCGGCGCGACGCUCGCUUGGAUAUUACAAGCGGUCGAACUGGCAGUAUUUUCGCAAGGAUCUGGGCACGAACACGUAUUUCUUUGGGGAUGCGUAUCAGGAUGAGAAGAGGGAAGAUGUGAUCCGGAUACUGAGGGAGGAGGGUAGGUAUUGGGGCGACAUAGACAGGGCAGAGGGAGAGUACCUCACAUACGUCAAGAGUCUGGCUGGAACAUGGCCUCAACUUCAGCUUCUUGUCGACUUCAUGGAGGUCGGCACGAUUCCGACGCGAUGGUGCACGUUCCCAGGCGAGGUGCCUGUGAAGAAUCAGAAGCCGCGCUACGUCUAUGGAGAUACUAUUCCAGAAAUAAAAAGGGAGCAAUUUCUACGAGCUAAAAGGAUGAAUGUGGCUCUACUCGAGUACAAAUCAGAAGGCAAGCCAUCAGUCGAAAGGUACCAGUUCGACGAAUUGCAUCCACAUUCUGCGCUUGCUGGGCUGGAAGAAGCCGUUUCACGAGUCAAGGACAACUCAAUCUCGCGCAAGGACAUCAAGCUUAGCCUCUUUGUUGUUGAGGACCUUUCCCGAGACAUCAUCGAAACCUUGGGAGCUGGACUUGAUAUCGACCCUCGUUUCUUCCGCACUCAACUCAUCGACUACGUUUGGAACAAUGUUAGAGAUCCAUGGCGUGAGCCUCCGAUGCUCGAUGUCAUGUCCCGGCAACAGAACUGGUUCCAGAUGCGGCUCGUCCGAUCCCGAUACUUUCCAAACCAUCAGGAACUCAGCGACGCCCAAGAUGCCGUUGACAGAUUCAACGUGAUGCGGCGGAUGGACGGAGACGACAAUCAAGCAUUUUGGGAUAAGGACCCGGCUAUGGGCAAGGAUGGGACGAAGAAUAAAGCCUCCAAGGCCGCCAAUGGAUCCUCAUCUCAACUAGGAGAGGCGCCUGUGGAUGCCAAGGUUGGACACAUUCGCAGUCGAGCAACCUUUUGGCUCCGCAAUGAUAUUGACAACGACACGGCUGUUGCUGUUCUUCUCCUCGAGCCAACCCCUCAGCAGGGAUAUCCCCUUUGGCGUGGAUAUGCCAACUGGGAGGAGCUUCCUCUGUUUAGCUCGCCACCAGACGACAUCCCCCUAGCUCCGCCUUCAAUGCGAAGUGAUCAGGAUGAGACGCCAAAAUCUUGGCUUGAAGACUUCGUGUUCUGGGCCCAGAAAGAGACAUGCUUCCCACGAUUACCAUCGCCUUCUUCCCCAACUUCUCCUCUCGUGAUUCCUGUUCAAGCACUGCUGCACCUUGUGUGUACAGACUGGCUCACCUUCACCGACUAUCUCAACGCUCGUCUCAACCAGAUCGAUUGGGAGAUAUCUCGGCCUGCCUUCCUACCAGUUAACGAUGAUCGAGAACCCAUUUUGAACAAGCUUAAUAUCUGGCGUCGAUGGGUACCCGUUUGCCGAGAUAUGCUUUCUGCAACUCUACGCCAAGCUUCCGAUCUGGAAUUGCGACAAAAGCGUUAUGAUGGCGAAGCCUACCGGAUCGACACAGAGGCAAUCUUUGACCCCUACAGGCGAGACUAUGAGCGCAUACAAGAGCGCCUCAACGACUACGAGGUGCGUAUCGAUCGUCUCAGCACAGUGGUCAACAAUGCCAUCAGCCUCGAAGACGCGCGAAACACAGCCAAGAACAGCGAGAGUGUGGGCAAUCUAACAGUGCUUGCGUCACUCUUUGUGCCCCCUAGCUUGGUUGCAAGUUUGCUUGCCAUGAACACAGAGCCUUUGAAGGAUCUUGACGAAGCCCUCAAGUGGUGGGUUGUCGCAUCCUUCGGGGCCAUCCUCUUAUUAUUCGCCCUGUAUCACACCAUGAGGAGCGAGCUCACAUGGAAGGUUGUGUGGAAGACCAUCACCAAGACAACGGAGAAGUACGCCAAGAUGGUAACCUUUACGUCCAAGGUUCGGAAGAGAACUGAGAGGGACAAGGACGAAAGCGAUGAUGAUCAAAGUGGGACACAUGAGAGGCAAAUUGACAACGAGGAACGCAAGAAUGGGGUCCUGGGAGACCGAUAUGUAUAG